AUGGCCUACUCGGCCGCCGCCCUGCCCGCCGGCUCGAAGCCAGGCACUAUCGUCAAGGACACGCAGGGUGUGAAGCUCCGUGACGGCGAAGUCUGCAAGACGACCUCGACCAAGGGAGUUCUGGCAUGCAACGACUCGAGCGGCGCCAGUUUCAACAUUGUCAACGGCGAACGUCAAAACCUGAGGAGGAGGGACGCAGAAGAUGACAACGACGAUGAAGGCGAUGACAACGACGAGGACGAAGACAUAUUUAUCGUCGAUGUGGAUCUGAUCGCCUGUCCCCCCAACACAGAAUGCUAA